CGGAGGGACAGCGGGAGGAAGUAUGGUCAGGCCUGUUAAGGUCAGAGACCCACCAGGGUGAGGGGGGAGGAGAACGUCCACAAAUCUCCACUCAUUCCUUAUUCUGGUGACUUUCAGUGUCUCAAAGGACCAAAAGGAGACCCAGGAGAGCCUGGGCCAGUUAGGCCCAAAGGGGAAGUAGGCGAGAUGGGCCUAUCAGGCCUCUUGGGUGCUGAUGGUCCCAAGGGAGAGAAGAGAGAGUCAGCAUCUGAUCACCUACAGGAAAGCCUGGCCCAGAUCAUAGUGGAGCCAGGGCCUCCUGGUCCUCCUGGCCCCCCGGGACCUAUGGGCCUGGAUGGAGUAAAGGGAGAGAACAAGCGUGCCUCGGGUGAGAGAGGCUCUCCCGGCCUGCCUGUGAGUGUCAUAAGCCUUGCUUGUCCCUUAGAGGUGUUGUAUCCAAUUCCCACCAUUCCCCCUGACCCUCUUCUUUUCCAUCCAGCGGCAAGUUGGUCCACUGGGCCUUAUUGGCCUGCCAGGAACCAAGGGAGAGAAGGUAAUCCCCGUCCCUGCAUACCCCAGCACAUUGUGGCCACAUGUCUGUCAUGCUACUCAGCCUUUGAGGCUUAUCCCCUGUGCCCUGAUGAGUCCCUGCAUCCCACAGGUCCAGGAACUGUGGCUCUGUGACAUUAUCCUGCAAGGCCCCCAUGCCUGUUACCAGUCAGAGGAUUGAACUCCCCAGCAGUUAAACUCCCAACCCCCACUCCACAUCCCCUCAUGCCCCUUUCUGUAUCUCU